AUGCGUUUUCACAUCUCUAUCCUCGCCUUCGCAGCUUUAGCUGGCCAUUCCUACGCCGAUAAAUCGGGUCCUCUCGAUAAAAGCAAUGCCACGGUAGCUUUACGAGAACAGAACCGCCUCACAAUCAGCCAAAUGCCACCAGCCUGUAACCUAGCAGCAUGUCUUGGACUCUCGGGGACAGCAUCUUGCGUCGUCUCUGCUAUUUCUAGUGGUGAUCCUGCGGCGUUGCAGAGGUGUUUGGUUAAUGGGUUAGCUCAGAUCUGUUCUUGUGCGGCAUGUGUGCCCCUUGUUGAUAAUUUCUUGAUUUCUUUGGGUGUUUGUGUUUCGAAGCCUGGUGGUAAUGAGACUGUUGUUGAGCAUGUGCCUGAGGCUGUGUUGGCUUAUUUUGAGUUUUUUAUGAAGAAGACGAAGGCGGAUACGGAUCGCGCGUAG